ACCUAUCUAAAUUAAUUGCUCAUUAAAAAGUGGCUUAUACAUAAGAUGACUGAUUUUAAUUGUGACUAGAGUAAUGAGGUGAUGUUGGUAGGGUGUUUGGCUAAAAGUUAAAUCCAUACAGUGGUUUAGUGAAGUAGAAAAUCGCAGUUGUUACACAGUUUUUAAUGGCAGAAACAUUUAUUCAGUCUUCCUUCUUGCAGAGUGGCCUCCAUUAAGAUCAUAUCACUGUGAGAGAUAAAAUAGUAUUUCCAUAUUUCCAGGCUGUGGGACAGCACAGCAGGAAUUCUAACUCAAAAAAGCAGAAAAGGAGAGGUUUUAUGAUGAAUAGAGCUGCUGACAAUGUCCUCCCACUUCACCUGAACACAUCAUGCCAGUUUGUCUGCCUUUGGUGUCCACCUGCAUUCUCUCCUCAAGCCUAUAAGAAAGAGGAAGACAUCAUUUUGAGAUCAUCUUUGACCAUUGACUCCGUGUCUGUGUUGACAUACAAGGUCAAACUGCUAAGUCAAGUUGAACCUGCUCUACUUCUCUUUAUAAACUCGCAUGGAGAUAUGUAGGAGGUAGCUGCUGCUCAGCGGUUGAGAGCACUCUGCUCUGCUUAUUUUUGUGAAAGUGAGGGAACGAUUGCACAAAAAAUAUGGAGAGCUGAAUUACAGCAAAAUGCUAUAAAUGUAACUUCUAAGAGUUUGAGGGCAGUGUUUCUGAUCUAGCUUUUAAAAAUGAAUUUGUUCAACAUCCCAAAGAGUCAGUUUACUUUUCUUACUUCCCUGCUCAUACAGAUAGUUUUUGUUGUUCACGUUAUCUUCUAAAUACUUGUAGAUACUUGAAUCAGCCUGUAAAAUACCCAUCCUGUGUAUCUCCGUGUUGGUUGCAACCCCUGCUCCCCCCACAUUCUCAGAUGUUGUCGUCUCUUUGUGCUAAAUUGUAGCUGCAGCUCUGGAAGAAAGAGGGGAAAUAUGUUUCUGAUGGUUUUCUUUCUUUGUUUUUGUAAUGUAGUACAACCGACUUUGUACCACAUUCUUUUUGAAGUGUUUAUAAGUUGUAACUAAUGGCUUUAUUAAUGGUUAAUAAAUCAUUGAUUAAUGCUUUGUGGAUCAGUGGUAAGCCAUUAAUAAGAACAGAUUUGUAAUGCCAUGUUGUGAAAAAAUCCUUUUAAUGAUCCUUUCUGUUUGGUACAAAACCAGUUAAAAAUGUUUGCAUUUAACCCUUAAUAAAGCCAUUAUUUUCUGCUUACAAACCCCUUAGGACGGGUGCCUGAUUAUAAAGUGGCAUCCAACUCUUUAACACUGGUUUGAACUUUUUGUGGGGUUGUGUUUAACUUCACACAUAGGUGAGAAAAUCAGGGAAAACUACAACCGCUCAGGUUCCGCCAACCAAGACUUUGAAGCAACAGCUGCUGAAAUGAAGCAGGAUUCUGGCUAAAACUGUUGUUACAGGAGGUAGCUCUUAAACUGUAUGAAUAAGGAACCUGUUAAGGAAACAGAGCACAUGUAUCAAGUUGACCUUUUAGGCCAAGUAUUUGAAAAGAAAUUUGGUGAAGAGGCUUUAUUUCAGCCUCCUCACUUUCUCGUCAGUAAGAAAAGCCCCUCUCUGCCCCUCCCAACAUGUAAGUGGCUGUGAGUGCCUGAGGUCCAUUGAUCUGUGCAGACACCCUGAGAUGUUAUGUUGUUAUGUUGGGUCAGGUCAUGUCACAGCCCUCUGGUGCUGGGUCGCCAGGUUCAUGAACAGGCAUGGUGAUGGAGCACACAGAAAAACAAGGAGCACGGCAUCAUCCAUCUUUGUGUGCAGUCUUGUGUGUCACAAGGCCGGCACAAAUGCUUUCACUUUAACUGAACCUGAGGAUGUCUGUCCUUGUCUUAAAUUAAAGUCUUGCCUCUCAGCUGGCUUUCUGAAACUCACACCAAAUGUACUGUUACACAUAGACAUUACUUUCCAAAUUAUACUUCAUUUCUCUGUGAACAUCAAUGUUUAAAUGAAUGAAACUGCAGUUUUGAAAUGAUUAUAUUGGUUGAAUCAAUCCUCUGUUUUUCUAUCUCUGAAUAGCAUUGCCUGAGAAACGUUGUGAGUUCAGCAUCUGCAACUUCAUUCUUAACAUGCCAAAAGCCGGUGGAAAGUAACAUCAGUUUUAACUUGUUUUGCUUCUAUCACUUCUGUUCUUCUAGCACCAGCCCAUCCCAUUUCGUAAUACCACUUAAUGAUAGUGAGUCAGUGUUGCAUACAGCCUGCCCUCAGUCCAGCAUGAAAAGAUGAAGAAGUAGCACCGCUCAGAGGGCGUAUUCAAACCUCUUGUAAACACGACAAUGGCUGAAUCCCUUGAUAAGUACACAGAUGUUGAGGCUAACGUUGGCUAAGUAGCAACAGCAAAAACUUACAAAUAGCACCUUUAAUGUGACAGAAUUUCUGUCUCCACUGUUAUUUGUCUUGCAGUUCCUCCGUUCUUGUGUAACCUUGUUUUUGUUUGAACUAAGAUCUGUCUGUCAGCCAGUCCACUCCUAAAGUUCAUCAGCCUCAGUGUUCAGUUUGUUGACAUCCUGAUGUUGGGAAGUUCAAAGCACUGGCGCCGCUAAAGUCCUAUCUUAUCCUGUAGAUAAUAAAUCAUCAUAAUUUGUGUUUUACUUGCACUUGAAUGACUUGGAGCCAACCUGGAUGCUUUGCUUCUGUAGUAAUACCUAUAGUUUGCCUGUGAGUCAAACCCUGUUUUAUAGUUGUCUUAACUCCUGACUGAUAAGAAGUUUCUUAUUCAGCUGCUGUGAAGCAAGGGUCGGAUCUGUGGUUGGGCCUGACCCCAUGACCAUGGAAUGUAUUCUUAGUGAUAAAAAUAUAAAAAAGGACAAAGUGGAAAAACAAAUAUUGUUUAAGUUGGCAAGUGAUGAAAUCAGGGAAAUCCCUGUAGUUCGUAAUGUCAUGGUGGAUUUUGGACAAACAUAUUUGGCUUCUCAUGUUCCCAAAGACUGGCAGAUUUUCUACAGAUCACAAUCACAGACAAUUUUCAGGUAGAGGGGUGGAUGUUCAGGAGCUGCUUGCCAAAAAUUCCACCGCUUUCAGUCUGUUCAUUCAUGCGCAUUAACUUAAAAAUACACGAUAAGGAAUCAAGACUGAUUGUGUAAUUUUUUCAGGUUCAGGUGUUGUUUGCGUCUUCAACUUCACUGUUAGGACAGUUUGUUCGCUGAGCUGUUUGAUUGGUCGCGAGGUGUAGUGAUGUCACAGCCUCAUUUGAUGUUCCCCCUGGCUGGUGCAGCAGCUCGCGCAGGCUGAGGGCGAGAGAGAGAGAGAGAGAGAGAGAGGCUCCAGAUGGAGCUGGCGCGCGACGGGGGCAGAGCUGUGGCUCGCGAGACCGCGACAGACUGGAAAGGCUGCCUUGCGCUGCCUUAAUGAACUCGACCUGGUCCCGCACACAGCGCAAAAGCCCGUCAUGGGGGACGGUGGCGCGUCCUCGCCGGUGAACCUCCAGAAUGGCACGGGAACCGAGGCGUCGGACGCACCGGGGUCCUCCGCGGCCGCGUCCGAGCAGUGGAUGGCGGGGAUGAGCCUGGUGAUGGGCUUGAUCGUCCUGUCUAUUGUCUUCGGGAAUAUCCUGGUCAUCGUGGCCAUAGCGAGGACGCAGAGGCUGCAGACGCUCACCAACGUCUUCAUCGUGUCGUUGGCGAGCGCGGACCUCAUCAUGGGGCUGCUGGUGGUGCCAUUUGGUGCCGCGCUCGAAGUGCGCGGCUCGUGGCUGUACGGCUCCUUUUUCUGCGAGUUCUGGAUCUCCGUGGACGUCCUCUGCGUCACCGCCAGCAUCGAGACCCUGUGCGUUAUCGCCAUAGACAGGUACGUGGCCAUCACCUCACCUUUCCGCUACCAAAGCCUGCUGACCAAAGCUCGUGCCAAAGCUGUGGUGUGCAUAGUCUGGGCCAUCUCUGCGCUGGUCUCCUUCCUGCCCAUCCUGAUGCACUGGUCCCGGGACAGUGUGGACACAGCCUGCUACGAGGACCCUGAAUGUUGCGACUUUGUCACCAACAGGGCAUAUGCCAUCUCCUCAUCCAUCAUAUCUUUUUACAUUCCUCUUCUGGUCAUGAUAUUUGUUUACGCCCGCGUGUAUAGGGAGGCGAAAAAACAGCUGAGGAAAAUCGAUAAGUGCGAGGGCAGGUUUCACAACACCUUAACCGGACUGACCUCCAAGUGCAAGAAGAGGCCGUCCAAAAUCCUGGCGCUCAGGGAGCAGAAGGCGCUCAAAACACUCGGCAUCAUCAUGGGGACGUUUACCCUGUGCUGGCUGCCUUUCUUUAUAGUCAACGUCGUGCGGGUGUUUUGCGCGGAGGUGGUGGACAAGGACCUUUUCGUGUUCCUAAACUGGUUGGGGUAUGUGAACUCGGCGUUUAACCCCAUCAUUUACUGCCGGAGCCCGGACUUUAGGAAGGCUUUCAAGAGGCUGCUGUGCUGUCCGAGGCAAGCCGACCGCAGGCUGCACAUCAGCUCCUGCGACCUGUCCCGGUGCUCCGGCGGGUUCGUCUCCUCUCUGGAGCCCGGCGCGCUGGGGAUGUGGUCGGAUUGCGCCGGUUUGGACAACAGCGACAGCAGCCUGGUGGGGACCGCGAAGCUGUCUCACUCUGAAUCGCAGCUCUGAGGGGGAAAAGCGAAACUUUUUGUUUGAGGUGGAUUACAACAGCCUGGAUAAAGAUGGGUACAGCGACGGGCGUUGACUCCUUUAGCUCGUGCGUCUUUUGGGUGGACAGGUAUGCGUACCUUAGAGCCUGAGUGGGUCGAUUGUUUUUUCUUCUUCUUCUUCUUCUUUUUGGCAUCAGAGAAAGCAAACAUCAUGCGAUAUCAUCAGAGACAUAUCUUGAAGCCAUAUCUAAGAAAAAAAGAGGCAUCCGGACCAAUGAUGUUUCCAAGAUGCGCAAAUCCCUCUCAGUUCAGAGAUGAUACUAUUUGCCAAAUAAUAUCGACCCUGAAAUAUCCACUUAGAUGGAUCUGAUGAAUCAUAAAGGUUGUACGCACUUUGCCAUAAAACGGCUUUCAGUGAAUCGGCAUUUGUGUCAAAGAUCGCACGGACGCCCCUGUGGUUUCUUUCUGAUGUUUUAGUUAAUUUCUUAUUUAAUUGGAUCAGAUGUUACGUAUAAACGAGGAUAGUCUAUCAAGGGGGAAUUGGGUAUCGCAUAAAUUAACCCCAGCUCCGGGACGGGUUACAGUUUAUUCUUAAGAUAACCACUCAGGCGCACUGUAAUAAUAAAAUGGUUGUUAUUUUAAAAGCAUUGGACCGGAGCGAGGCAUUUGUCGGAGUGACUGUACUGUAGUCAUGUAGUGUUCACAAUGUGUUUUUACCUCACAGCCAUCGGCAAGUGCAAUUUGUACGACAGGUAUUUGUUUAUAUUAAACAUUUAUGUAAAAAAAUAGACGAUGUAUUUAUUCCGCGCUGUCUUUUACAACUACGCAAGUUUAAGGUGGGGGUUGAAUCCCACGCUCUUUGUACAUGUUAUAGUAUGUGCUGUUUAGUACUGAAGUGAGGAAUUUGAGCCUCAUCCUUUGUCUUUUCUCAUUUAAGCUUUACAUGCUGUUGUGAGGUGGUGUGUUUACUCCUGUGCAAUAAAAGGAAGUUUCAUUGUUAA